GAGAAUUCCAGUUUAUAGUGCUUUAUUGCUACUAUACAUACUAUACAACAGACAGAAAAUAGUUGAAAAAGAAAUACAUAAUCAGAGACAAUUUUAACAUUUUUAUUUAGAAAAAGAAAAUUAACUAUAAGCUUAAGGUUAUAUUAAUUUCAAAAAGAAUAUAUUUUUUGAAAUUAUGGCAACGGUUGUUAAUAUUUCAAGCUUGGACAGGAAAAUCAAUUCUAAUUCAUUAAAUUCUAAUGAACAUGAUAAUGAAUGUACUUCUCUUUUAAUAACAAUUCCAGACGAAACUUUGUGUAAUUCCAAUGAAUUUGAAGUUAGCUCAAUUCUACAAGAAAGUCCAAUGAUUUCUUGUGUUUUAAGGUUUCAGAAAAUAUAUGAUAGUUCAUUGCAAGGACAAAUAAUAUUUUCAGAGCAAUCAUUAAGUCGACAAUUUGUAGUAUCCCUUUACUACUUAAAUUCAGAGUGUAAAAUUGCUUUAUUUGAAACAAUUUAUCUAACUUCAGAUAGCCAAAAGAGUGCUCACUUUCAAAAAACUUAUCAAAUUUGGAUUCGACGAGGGAUGUUUGAUAUUGCUGAAAAAUUUUUUAACAAAAAUUUAUACAUAUACUGCAAAAUAGUAAUAAAAAAUAUUUCACCUGCAAAACUGAAUGUUCCAGAAACUAAAAAGCCAACAAAACUCGUCUCAAUUUACAAAGAGAAGCUGUUCACUGAUUUCAAGAUUAUUUGCAAAAAUAAGGAAUUUUUGGUUCAUAAAGCAAUUCUUGCAUGUUCAUCGCCAGUUUUUCGAAAGAUGCUCGAAAUUCCAAUGAAGGAAUCAGAAGAAAAUCAGGUCGAAAUUGACGGUUUUGAAUCCGCAGUUAUUGAAUUAAUGAUAGAUUACUUGUACUCUGAAGAAAUUAAAAAAAAUUUAUCUCAAGAAAUAUUAAAACAACUUUUUAGGAUCGCACACAUGUAUGAAUUGGAGAGUUUAAAAAAGUCUUGCUUAGAUGAUUUGUGUAAAUCCGCAAAUGAUACCAGCAGUAUAGUAGAUGUUAUUUCAUUCGCUGGAUCCGAAUGUAAAGAGGAGAUGACAAAAUUCUUAGAUGAUAUUUUUCAAAAGUUAUCAUUACACAAAUAGUUAAUGUAAUGUUAGCUUUUUCCAAGAUUUUGAUAAAAAUCUUAAUUCUAUUUACUAUUUUUUAAGAUUGUUAUAAAAAUCAUAAUUCUCUUAUUUACUAUUAUGUAUCUACAUUAUCUUAAUGUUUAAAAUUUAAUGUUAAUACAGUUAUCAUUUACAAAUUAUUUUUCGUUCUAAAAAUAUUUUUGUAAAUAU